AUGGUGCUGGAUGAGGCUUUCUGGCUGUGCAAUGCUAGGCUCGUAGACUAUGCUCGCUAAUUGUUGUCGUUGGAUUAAAAAUCCGCUAUGUCCUUGCGGACAAACAGACAUGAUCAGAAUUGACACCUGUCUGUUACUUGGUGCGACGGGUGUCGGAAAAACCCUGCUGUUAAAGCGUUUGCAAAGGUUUAGUAGGCAUGGCUUUGAUGAGCUGGAGGCACUCCCUUCUACUUUACCAACGGUUGGAACCAACUUAAUAGACAUCAGUUUAAAGAGGAGAAAGAAGGUGACACUGAGAGAGCUUGGGGGCUGCAUGAGCUCAAUAUGGCCAAGUUAUUACAGUGAUGCCUCAUCAGUAAUAUUCAUGGUGGACGCAUCCAACACUUCUCAGGUAUCUUCAUCCUGCAUCCAGCUCCUGUCAGUUCUGGCUGCUGAGCCUCUUCAAGAUGUUUCUGUACUACUAAUUUUUAACAAAAGGGACAUCCCUUGCUUAAUGAGUCUUAUCGAAAUUAAGUCACUCUUUCGAUUAGAAGAUAUUAUUACAUCUGCCACUCAAUCAAUCACAACAAUGGAACUAAGUGCCUCCUCUGGACAAGGGCUUCAGGAGGUGCUUACCUGGUUGGAGUCUGUCACUGUUAAGUGA